AUGAGUGGAGGAAUUGCUGCUACCGUGCUGAUCACUUUUAUAGCUGGAUUUCGAUGGAAAACUGACAACGAUAUAAGAGAAGACGUCUGCUCUGCUUUGGAACCUCUUCGUCAUGCCUCUUUUAUGACUUGGCCUUCUGUGCUCACCGGAUGUGCACUGAUCGGCAUCGGAGCAGUGGUCAGAUUCCUUUCGGAAAGAGUUUUCUCCUGCUGCUCCGAGUUCAAUAUAAAGGAGCAGCUCGUUCUCGCGCUCUCACUCUUUCCGAAAGCCACUGUCCAGGUUAGCUUGAACCAAUGA